AUGGAGCAUGCUCAGCAGCGCUGUGAGAACGCCCAGGUCCAGGACUGGCGAGAAGGCAAAAGUAAAGAAGCAGAAAUAAAGAGAAUAAACAAAGAGCUGGCAAACAUUAGAUCCAAAUUUAAAGGUGACAAAGCCCUGGACGGCUACAGCAAGAAGAAGUAUGUGUGCAAGCUGCUGUUCAUCUUCCUGCUGGGCCACGACAUCGACUUCGGGCACAUGGAGGCCGUGAACCUGCUCAGCUCCAACAGAUACACCGAGAAGCAGAUUGGCUAUCUCUUCAUCUCUGUGCUGGUGAACUCCAACAGUGAGCUCAUCCGCCUGAUCAACAACGCCAUCAAGAACGACCUUGCCAGCCGCAACCCCACCUUCAUGGGCCUGGCCCUGCACUGCAUUGCCAACGUGGGCAGCCGGGAGAUGGCCGAGGCGUUUGCGGGGGAGAUUCCCAAAAUCCUCGUUGCUGGAGACACCAUGGACAGCGUGAAGCAGAGCGCCGCCCUGUGCCUGCUGCGUUUGUACAGGACGUCCCCGGACCUCGUCCCCAUGGGUGACUGGACGUCUCGCGUGGUGCACCUCCUCAAUGACCAGCAUCUGGGUGUGGUAACUGCCGCCACCAGCCUCAUCACCACCUUGGCGCAGAAGAACCCAGAAGAGUUCAAGACCUCUGUGUCUCUGGCCGUCUCCAGGUUAAGCAGAAUCGUGACGUCGGCCUCCACAGACCUUCAGGAUUACACCUACUACUUUGUCCCGGCCCCCUGGCUGUCCGUCAAGCUGCUGCGGCUCCUGCAGUGCUACCCGCCCCCAGAAGAUCCUGCAGUACGUGGCCGCCUGACCGAGUGCCUGGAGGCGAUUCUCAACAAAGCCCAGGAGCCGCCUAAGUCCAAGAAGGUGCAGCACUCCAACGCCAAGAACGCUGUGCUCUUCGAGGCCAUCAGCCUGGUCAUCCACCACGACAGCGAGCCGAACCUGCUGGUCCGAGCCUGUAACCAGCUGGGCCAGUUCCUGCAGCACCGGGAGACCAACCUGCGCUACCUGGCCCUGGAGAGCAUGUGCACACUGGCCAGCUCCGAGUUCUCCCACGAGGCCGUGAAGACGCACAUUGAGACGGUCAUCAAUGCCCUGAAGACGGAGCGGGAUGUGAGCGUGCGGCAGCGGGCCGUGGACCUCCUCUAUGCCAUGUGCGACCGCAGCAACGCCCAGCAGAUUGUGGCUGAGAUGCUGAGCUACCUGGAGACGGCGGACUACUCCAUCCGAGAAGAGAUUGUGCUGAAGGUGGCCAUUCUGGCAGAGAAGUAUGCCGUGGACUACACGUGGUACGUAGACACCAUCCUGAACCUGAUCCGCAUUGCUGGUGACUAUGUGAGUGAAGAGGUGUGGUAUCGCGUCAUACAGAUCGUCAUCAACCGGGACGAUGUGCAGGGUUACGCCGCCAAGACCGUGUUUGAGGCUCUGCAGGCCCCGGCGUGCCACGAGAACCUGGUCAAAGUUGGCGGCUACAUCCUUGGGGAGUUUGGGAACUUGAUAGCAGGAGACCCGAGGUCCAGCCCCCUGACCCAGUUCCACCUUCUGCACUCCAAGUUCCACCUGUGCAGCGUGCCCACCAGGGCGCUUCUCCUGUCCACCUACAUCAAGUUCGUGAACCUCUUCCCGGAGGUGAAGGGCACCAUCCAGGACGUGCUGCGCAGCGACAGCCAGCUGAGGAACGCUGAUGUGGAGCUGCAGCAGCGCGCCGUCGAGUACCUGCGGCUCAGCACUGUUGCCAGCACCGACAUCCUGGCGACUGUCCUGGAGGAGAUGCCCCCCUUUCCAGAGCGCGAGUCCUCCAUCCUGGCCAAGCUCAAGAAGAAGAAGGGCCCGAGCACCGUGACCGACCUGGAGGAGGCCAAGCGGGAGAGGAGUGCCGAUGUCAACGGGGGCCCCGAGCCCGCCCUGGCCAGCACUAGCGCCGUGUCCACACCGUCUCCGUCGGCAGACCUCCUGGGUCUGGGGGCCGCACCCCCAGUCCCCGCAGGCCCCCCACCCUCUUCCGGUGGGCUGCUCGUGGAUGUCUUCUCAGACUCACCCUCUGCGGUUGCGCCCCUGGCUCCCGGCUCCGAGGACAACUUCGCCAGGUUUGUCUGUAAAAACAAUGGUGUGUUGUUUGAAAACCAGCUGCUUCAGAUUGGACUGAAGUCUGAGUUUCGGCAGAAUUUAGGUCGGAUGUUCAUAUUUUAUGGUAACAAGACCUCCACACAGUUCCUGAAUUUUACUCCGACACUUAUCUGUUCGGACGACCUCCAGGCCAAUCUGAGCCUGCAGACCAAGCCUGUGGACCCAACCGUGGAUGGGGGCGCACAGGUGCAGCAGGCGGUCAACAUCGAGUGCGUGUCCGACUUCACGGAGGCGCCAGUUCUCAACAUCCAGUUCAGGUACGGGGGAACCUUUCAGAACGUGUCUGUGAAGCUGCCUAUCACACUCAACAAGUUUUUUCAGCCCACGGAAAUGGCUUCUCAGGAUUUCUUCCAGCGCUGGAAGCAGCUGAGCAACCCCCAGCAGGAGGUGCAGAGCAUCUUCAAGGCCAAGCACCCGAUGGACACAGAGGUCACCAAGGCCAAGAUUAUCGGCUUUGGCUCUGCGCUCCUAGAGGACGUCGACCCUAACCCUGCGAACUUCGUGGGUGCUGGCAUCAUACACACCAGGACGGCCCAGAUCGGGUGUCUGCUGCGUCUGGAGCCCAACCUGCAAGCCCAGAUGUACCGGCUGACGCUGCGGACAAGCAGGGAGACCGUCUCUCAGAGGUUGUGUGAAUUGCUGUCGGAACAGUUUUAAAUCGGCAAGGGCGGAGGGUCAGGCUCCCGUCUGUGCAUCUCCUCGUCUCCACCUCUGUCUUCGUUGCUGAGCUGCAGGUCCGUGCCCUGCCCGGUGUCGCAGCCCCACUUCUUGGCCUCGUCCCUCCUGGGGAUGGAUGGGGAGCCUGUGUGCCCUUGAGGAGGAGGCUUAGCCUGGACCCAGCCAGCCUGCCGAGUCAGGAGGAAGGGCGUGGCUCCCGGGAUCAACUCUCACAGAAAUCAAGACAGUUCUGUGGUUAAGUCUACACAUUAAAGGGAAAUUAGAAGUUCAA